CUUUACCAUGAACACCUACCUCUUUGUGUAUGACUUAAUGCAAUUUUGUGGACAUUCCUGGAUAUUUACAAAUAUGAUCAUCCGGUUCAUGUCAUUUGGAAAAGAUUCAUUGGCCGACACAUUUUACUCCAUAGGACUUGUAAUGCGCAUUUGCCAGUUGUUAUCUAUAUUGGAGAUCCUACACAUCCUCAUUGGCAUUGAUAAAACCCGUCUCUUCCCCAGGUUUCUGCAGAUCACUGAGAGAAUAAUUGUUUUAUUUGUCGUGAUCAACAGUCAGGAAGAAGUUCAAGGGAAAUACGUUGUGUGUGUUUUAUUUUUCCUUUGGAAUUUACUAGAUGUGGUCAGGUACACUUACAACAUGUUAGCAAGGACAGGAAUAUACUACCUACCACUGACAUGGCUCAACUUCUCACUUUGCAUCCCACUCUAUCCCCUUUCAGUUCUCGCUAAAGCAUUUGCAAUUUGUGUGUCACUGCCUUAUUUUGAAUCCUUUGGCACAUACUCCAUCAAGCUAUCAUUGCCAUUCACCUUCUCAAUCUACUUCCCCUAUGUUCUCAAAAUGUACCUGCUAGUGCUCUUUAUAGGUAUGUGCUUUAUCAUCCAGAACCUCUUCUCUGAAAGAAAGGCACAUCUAGGGACAGUUAACAUCAAAAAGAAAAGAAGCUAA